AUGGGGGAACUGCAGGCUCCGGACUACAACGCCACCGCGGAGACACGGCGGUGCCAAAUGCGGAGCAGUACUCAUUGCACAGCCAUGUAUGUUCUGAGUCGAGUACGUCGCCAAAAGUAGGGUCGGUUUGACAAAAUCAACGAAAACGUCACUGAGAAGAGAAAAGGCGGCUCAACGCUCACUUCUUUAGGGGAACCGAUGCAAUCCAAGUUGUCCUCUUCCGCCCUUGAUGUCUGGUACUGUAGAGGCUGCGAGUAAUGCAGGACGCGUGAACAGAUCGGAAUCCCCCUAUCAGCGUCGCCACACACAAGAGCACUGUUACAGUCAGCUGCCAACCAAUCCUGCCUAUACCACCACAACCUACGGACAUGACGCAUCGGCCUAGUUGGUUACUUGCGAAUCCAUCGUACCGAGACAGGCGAAUCAAAAUCAGAGGCACCAGCGGACACCCAUCGCCCUAACCUUGACUGCUAGCGCUGCUCAUGCACAUUUGGCCACCACAUCAACCUGCCCGGCCAUUUGCGCAUCCACUUAAACCUGUAGCAAAUCAACACAGACAAAACCUUUUUGCUUCUAUCCCGCAGGACCUGGCAGUCGAGACAAUCGAACUACUCCUACGAGAGAAGUACGAUGAAACGGAGAAUCGCCUCGGACACGCCCAAAUCAUCCAGCUCCUGAAGUUCUGUCUCAAGACGUACUUUACAUUUGACGGAACAAUCUACGAGCAGGUGAAGGGAACGCCAAUGGGUUCGCCGAUUUCGGGACUCAUAGCCGAGGCGGUCCUUCAACGGCUGGAGUCGCUGGUUUUCCGACACCAAAGACCGAAAUUCUGGGCUCGGUAUGUGGAUGACACCUUCGUCGUCAUCGAACGGGAUCAGGUGCUGACUUUCAAAGAACAACUCAACGCCGUCUUCCCGGGCAUUCAAUUUACGAUGGAGGAGGAGGAGGAGGAAAACAAUCAGCUGGCCUUCCUGGAUGUCCUCGUCUGCCGCAAAGAUAGUGGUGGCCUAAAAACCAAAGUGUUCAGGAAAGCGACAAAUACGACGCAAAUACUGAACUUCAAUAGCAACCACCCAAUCAGUCACAAACGCAGUUGCGUAAGGACGCUAUACCGGCGUGUUGAGACGCACUGCAGUGAAAUGGAAGACAAGGUUGCUGAAUUACAAUAUCUUCGACGGGUAAUGAGAGCCAAUGGCUACCCGCGCAACUUUGUCAACCAGUGCACACGAAAAGGACACCAGAGACCAAAUCCAACUAGCCCCAAAUUUUGGCGGGCUCUUCCGUACGUGAAGAACGUCUCGGAAGCCGUCAGUCGUCUUCUCACUCCACUUGGAGUUGGGGUUGCACACAGGCCGGAAGCAACCAUUAGACGCCAAGUAAUGAGGCCAAAAGACCCGCUGCCACGGCAGGAAACGUCUGGAGUCGUUUACCGGAUCUGGUGUAGUUGCGGACAAAGCAAUUAUGUCGGAGAAACUGGGAGAUUACUCCGUACGCGACUUUCCGAGCACGCAGCAGCAGUGAGGCGGGGAGACGCUAACUCUCAGGUGGCGGCACACUCGACGGGUCCCGGCCAUAUUUUCAAAUUUCAAGAGGCUGAAAUCCUCGCAAGGGGUGACAACCGCGUGAGCCGCGAGCUGCUCGAGUCAUGGUUCUCAGGCCCGCAAUCCAUCAACAAACACAAUGACCUCCCGGUGCCCUAUUCCGUAUUGCGAUUUUCCCUGGGCAGGAGAAUCAGUCACGUGGGGAGGGCGCGGGUAAGCAAUCAUCACGGUGACAGUGAGCCAGUUUGCCGAGCAAUCGUCACACCAGCAUCGAGCACGGAUGACGAAAUCGCGACGAUUAACAACUCGGACUCGGACCGCCAAGCCACCACCGCAUCGAUUACGACCCCAGCGGCGAUUGUGAGAACUGCUAAUUGCAGUGCGCAUACGGUCCCACGGCAGCCACGUGCUAUAAAUACUGCACUCCUGGUGCCACCUUCACCUCUAUCUGCGAAUGUCUCUGAUGAUGGAUUCGAGUGA